AUGGAUAUUCAGAGCGUGAUCGAAAAAAUACCAAUGCGAGCUCGGUCUCAGAGUUGGCUAAUUAGAACCCGUCUUAUGCUUGAUGAAAAUAAGGGGAAAACGCCAUUUAUAUCCCUGUGCCUUUAUAUCUUAUCAAUAGUACUUAUUGUGAUAACUUUCCCGUUUUGCCUACCGUUUUGUUUAAAAGUUAUUAGAGAAUACGAACGAGCAGUUGUUAUGAGACUUGGACGCCUUAUCAACAGCGGGACUAAGGGACCAGGACUAUUUUUCAUCGUACCUUGCAUCGAUACUUGUCGAAUUGUGGAUCUACGAGUGCUGUCAUUCGACGUGCCACCUCAGGAAAUACUCAGCCGUGACUCCGUAACCGUUUCCGUGGAUGCUGUCAUUUACUUCCGCAUUAACAAUCCUGUUAUUUCUGUGACUAAUGUAAACGAUGCGCAAUUUAGCACUAAACUUUUGGCUCAGACAACUCUCAGAAAUGUGCUUGGAACUCGAACUCUCAGUGAAAUGCUUAGUGAACGAGACAGUAUUGCCAAUGUUUGCUCAUUUUGCCUAGUAAUAGAGCAAGUCUUAGAGGAAGGCACAGAUCCGUGGGGAGUUCAAGUUCAAAGGGUUGAAAUCAAAGAUAUUCGCUUACCGCAUCAGUUAAUGCGGUCGAUGGCUGCGGAAGCUGAAGCUGCGCGGGAUGCUCGAUCUCUUGUUAUCCAAGCUGAUGGAGAGAGGAAGGCUUCAUGGUCAUUGGCAGAAGCAGCGUCAACAAUGAACUCCAGCACCGUUUCACUGCAACUUCGGUAUUUACAGACUUUAAUAAACGUAGCUUCCGAGCACAACUCAACAAUUGUUAUUCCGAUACCAAUGGAAAUCGCCAAGUAUUAUGCUAAAAAAUGGAAUAAAUGGCGACGGGAAAAAUUAUAA